ACAUAUUAUCCAACUUUUAUUUAUUUUAAAAGUAAGCUAAAGAUGGCUGAUAAAGGCCACGAUUCAAAAGUUAAAAGUGAGGGAAAUCCAUACGAUUUAGAUGGCCAACAGUUUAAUCCAGACAUAUACAUGCAAAAACUUUUAAAGGAGUACAAUCUUCAGCAGAUAAUGGAUCAUGAGACAGACGUUGUCAAAGACACUCUUACCCUUCACUCCGAUAUGCAGACUCUGGUGUAUGAAAAUUACAACAAGUUUAUUUCAGCCACUGACACAGUCAGGAAGAUGAAAACAGAUUUUAAGAAAAUGGAGGAUGAAAUGGACUUGCUAGCAAAGAAUAUGGACUCUAUCACAUCGUUUUCCGAGUUGAUCUCUUCAACAUUGCAGGAUUCUAGACAACAAAUAGCUCGAUUGUCUGGGAUUCAUUCUCUUCUCAAACGUCUACAAUUCCUAUUUAAAUUGCCAACAAAACUAAAAGCAUUAAUGGAGGAAGAAAAUUAUGCAGAGGCAGUUCAAGACUACUUACACACACAGCGAGUACUGGAACAGUAUGGGAAUUUGGAGAGUUUCCAAGGAAUACAAAGGGAAUGCAAUGAUAUCCUGGACCAACUGAAGGAGCGACUCCGAUCGCAGUUCAAGAGCAAAGACGCCACUGCCAAGGAACUGGCCGAAAGUGUUGACCUUUUGCUUCAGUUGGAUGAACCAGCGGAAUCUUUGUGUUCAGAGUUUUUGGCACAUGCAAAGACAAGACUUCAGGAUCAGCUGACGUUGCUAAAAGAUACUCCAUGUCAGGACCUUAUCGAGUUCAUUGACCUGGGUAGCAAUGGUUUCCUGAGUGAUCUGUGUUUUGUAGUCACCUCCUACAAUGACAUGUUCAUCAACCGGCCUGCGUGUUGUGACACUGAAGCUGGUGGCAAAUUGAGCCAGUUUGUGUUUGACAACAUGCAUCAAUACCUGGACCUGGUACAAAGUCAUAUAGAGAGUCAACAAGAUGGAGGAGAUUCUGCCAUCUUGGUCCGGGCGUUGGAUAGGUUCUACCGUAGAUUGACAGCUGUAAACUCACUCUUCGACGACGACGACUUUGUCAAUGCGGGAAUGGAGCUAGUAAUGCGAGCUGCACGAAGACAAUGUCGGAUGCAUCUCCACGCGCUCAAGUCACAGCUGACAGACAGUCUGUCACACGUGAGACAAGCAUUGGCCGCUCCAAGACUGGUGGUGACAGAUGCGGUGACACAGAAUGGAACAGAACUUGUCACCCAGCUGGUACUCGCCACUGUGGAGAAGGUUAAGGGAGUCUUGCAGGACUUGUUGGUGUUUAUUCAGCCUGACUUGGCGUUUGCUGCCAAACCCAAGUUCCUGGAAGCUUUCUGCAUAGACUCAGUGAGAGAAGGACUUGUGGUGGGUUUCAUACAUCACCUCACGGCCACUGCUCGGUCAUUCUGCUCAGCAAACGUACCUUCACUCCCGCUACUGCUCAUCUUGUCCAAAACAUGCCUGGAGUUUGAAGCCACCAACAUUCACUACCUCCUGAGUCUGACAGAUGAGUGGUUCAGCACUGACGGAGGCUCGGCUCUGCUGACCUCAGGUAAAGAGAUGUGUGCUGGGACGAGACAAGCAGCACAGGAGCUACUCAACCACUAUGUACACAUGCAGGGUCUGGCUAUAUCACAGAUGUUGCGUAAGUCAGUGGAGACUAGAGAUUGGCUGCACAGUCUGGAGCCUCGUACAGUACGAGCCGUCAUGAAAAGGAUCAUGGAGGAAAUGGCGACCAUCGACUCCCAGGUAGGCAUGUUGUUUGAGGAGGGAUCGCACACAGAGCGUAGCUCCGACUCAUCACACAAGACUCACUCUCGUCUUCAUCGCAGCACAGCCAGUAACUGGUCGAGUCACUCUCUAGCAGCCAGCCAUAUACACAAGUUGUUCUCUGAGCGGAUCGAGAUCUUUGCCCCUGUUCAGUUUAACAAAGUUUCUAUUUUAACUGGAGUGAUCAAGAUCAGCCUAAAGACUCUACUAGAGUGUAUUCGUCUCAAGACAUUCUCCAAGUAUGGUCUUCAACAGAUCCAAGUGGAUUCUCACUACUUGCAGCUCUAUCUUUGGAGAUACGUGGCGGACGAGAACCUUAUUCAGUUCCUACUUGAUGAGAUUCUCAGCAGUGCUGUUCACCGAUGUUUAGACCCUGUAUUGAUGGAGCCAAGCGUGGUAGACAUUAUUUGUGAGAGAGGUUAGAAAGCAGUUCUGAAAUCUCUCUAGGGGUAAUGCAAUGUAAAAAGUAUUAAGAUUAAGAGUGUUUUCUUUGUUGAUUUUUACUAGGGAUGGACGGGUCCCGAAAUUUCGGGAAUUUUUCGGGAAAAAAAUAUUCCCGAUUAUCGGGACGGGAUUACAUUUGACUCGGGAAUUUUUCGGGACGGGAUUUGGUCCGAUCGUCGGCAAUUUUUCCGCUUCGCGAGUGCCGAUAACGCCGUUAUUGCGAGCGAUAGGUCCGCGAACGCAGGAGACGAAGUCAUACCGACGAUCGCGCCGUGACCGCGGAGUCCUACGGACGAUCGCGCCGUGACCGCGAGUCAUACCGACGAUCGCGCCGUGACCGCGAGUCAUGACGACGAUCGCGCCGUGACCGCGGAGUUAUACCGACGAUCGCGCCAUGACCGCGAGGUCCUACCGACGAUCGCGCCGUGACCGCGAGUCAUGACGACGAUCGCGUCGUGACCGCGAGUCAUACCGACGAUCGCGCCGUGAUCGCGAGUCAUGACGACGAUCUCGCCGUGACCGUGAGUCAUACAGACGAUAACCCCGUGACCCGCGAGUCACAAGUUACUAUAGGUACCUGGAAAUUGUUACCCAUUUUUUGGUUUUUAUAGAUCAGUGCCACAAAUGGUAAAAAUUGAUUUCAUAUGUCUUUUUUUGGUAACUGCAAUACAGUACUUUCUUUUUAUGCACGGAAAAAAAUCCCGUCCCGUCCCGAAAAUCGGGAAGGAAAUAAAAAUCCCGUCCCGUCCCGUCCCGAACUAAAAAUUCAAUCCCGUCCAUCCCUAAUUUUUACUAUUCACAUUCUGUAUAUUUGUUAUAUUAUGCAAUAUUUGUUACAUUUUAAUCGUAUUAUACCGGGUGUCCGAAAAAUAACUCCCUAGUUUUGAUAAACGAUUGUUUAUUGUAGAGAAUACAUAUUCUUAUAUCUAAUACAUGAAAUUAAAGAGGGUUUACUCAAGUUUAUUUUGACAUUAGUACACCUCGAUGUGUGACCCAUUUGUAGCUCUACAGAUAUCUAACCGGUAUUCGAUCUCUCUCCAAGUGUUAGUUAACAUAUCAGGUGUCACUGAUUCUACUGCAGCUACGAUUCUUUGACGAAGAUGGUCAAUGUCACGUAUCUUUUCUGAAUAAACCAAUUUCUUAACGUAACCCCACAGGAAAAAAUCCAGUGGUGUUAUGUCUGGGCUUCUUGGAGGCCACGCUAUCGGGCCAGCUCUCCCCAUCCAUCUUGCCGGGAAACCGAAAGGGCCUCCAAGAAGCCCAGACAUAACACCACUGGAUUUUUUCAUG